AUGUACGAAUCCUACCGCCCUCACCCCCUCCUAGCCCAAGUCCCCCUGACCGUCUCCCCAUUCAUCAACCUCCCCACCACCGUCACCCUCCCCUACACCUACAAGUCGGUCCCAUCCACCAUCCCGCCUUCCGUCACCAUCGACCCCAGUAACCCGGACCUCAAACCCCGCUACGUAGUCUCCUCGAGCGGGGAGCACGCCGCUUCCCCGGAGGAGAUCCUCGCAGCGUGCAACGCCUUGGAGCAGCACUUGAACAAAGCCCGCCACGAUGCCGAGAAAGCCAUCCGCGACUGGGAGGAGUCCAUCGUGCAGCGCGACCUGGCGGAGAAGCGACGUGUGGCGCCCGGAUGGCUGGACCGGGAGGAGAAACUACUGCGGCCGAUGAACGCGGCCGCCGGGUCGGGGUCACCGGAGGGGGGAGCAGCGCAAUCGAGCUUGCUGGACAGUCUGUCCGCUGCGGAUCCGGGGGCGGCGGCCUUGCCGUCGAUGGUGCCGCGCGAUGAGGGAGAGGAGCUGGAUCGGGCGUUUGGGGGGUUGAAUGUGAAAUGA